UACGCCGGCAAGACUCCUCUUUCCUUUGCCCCGACUGACUGUGCUGAGCUUGUUCGACAAAUUAAGGGUGGUCGCAAGGACUUGCCCGCUGUCAAGGACCUUAUUUUCAAGGACGCAUACGUCGAUGCGGCGAGGACUAAAAUUCUGAGCGACGGGAGCAUGAACUACGUCGUCGAGUUAUACGACUCAGCCCUUAAGGAGGCCACGUCCAAGUUAAAGCAAGCCGACAAGCUCGCUCGAGCGAAGGAUGUAGCUAUUGACCGCAAGACGAAGGAAUUUAAAGCGACAAUUGAUAAGGUUGCGGAGGAACGGGCUCAACUGAUUGAGAGGAAGAAGGCUCAUAAG